AUGAACAACUUUAAAAUAGGUUUUCGAUCUUAUCGUUUACCAAUGUAUUUAUCUCUAUUAACUGUUUCUAAACCGUCACUUUUUGGGACUUCUUUGCUAUUUAACAGUCCUGGUAAACGAUAUAAUAACUAUUCGGCUAUGCAAUUAUAUCCUGCUACAAUAUCAAAAAAAAAAAUAUUUGUUUAUUCUGCUACAGGAGUUAUUAUAUGGGUUCUUAUUAUUGGGUUAUCUUUUAAUCAUCAGCGCCUUGUUUCUCCUGUUGUUUCUCAUCUUAUGUAUCAACUCAAGUAUAGUCCAAUGGCACAAAGUUAUCUUGGGAAAAAUAUUGAUUUUACAUAUAAGUGGCCAUGGAUAUCAGGGGAAAUAAAUUAUGUCAAAGGUCGUAUUGAUUUAUCGUUUCGUGUAAGUGGUUCUCAAGAUAAAGCAAUAGUUAGAUAUAAGUCUAUUCGUAAAGGAAGAAAUUCCGAAUGGGUAACCUUGAAAUGGACAAUUUGUCCAGAUAAAAGUUCUCAAGAAAUAUCUCUUUUAGAAUAG